AUGACGGACCUAAAGAAUAUGGAGGUAAGCGGCAGCGUGAUGGACGGAGUCGCUGAGAAGGGUGUGCUGGAAUCCCCUAAUAAGAAGACGCCCGUGGAAUACAAGGUGUUCCCGAUCAGGUGGCUGGUGCUGUUCAUAUUCGUGUUAUACUCAGCCAGUAACUCGAUGCAGUGGCUCCAGUACAGCAUCAUACAAGACGCGGUGGUGAAGCACUACGGAGUGACCAGCAUCACCGUGUACUGGACUUCAAUGGUGUACAUGAUCACGUACAUACCCCUCAUAUUCCCGGCUAGCUAUCUCCUCGAUAAGACUAUACAGGAAAAAGUUUGUCGAAUAAAUAUACAUAUAUAUGGUUUGAGGACAACAACAAUAAUAGGAUCUUUCGGAACCUGUGCUGGAGCGUGGUUGAAGGUGUUCUCCGUGCCACCAGACAUGUUCUGGCUGGGCUUCGCUGGGCAGACGGUGGUGGCGGUUGCCCAAGUGUUCAUACUGAACGUACCUCCAAGACUAGCAGCUGUGUGGUUCGGAGCUGAUCAAGUCUCCUCCGCCUGCAGCAUCGGGGUCUUUGGGAAUCAGCUGGGUGUUGCCCUGGGAUUCCUCCUCCCUCCCAUGUUGGUGAGGUCCACGGGAACUCCUGAGGAGAUCGGAGCAGACCUCCAGAUUAUGUUCUACUUGGUGGCGGGAGCGACCAGCGUCCUUUUUGUGUUCAUCGUGCUAUUCUUCAAGUCUGCUCCCCCCACGCCCCCUUCAGCGGCGGCCGACCUCGGCUCCAGCCUGGACUCCAACUUCCUCCAGUCCAUCAAGAAGCUCCUCACCAAUCGUAACUACAUCCUGCUGCUCAUCUCGUACGGCCUCAACGUUGGCGUGUUCUACGCCAUCUCCACACUCCUCAACGAACUCGUCCUUACAUACUAUCCAGGUGCCAAUGAGGAUGCUGGUCGUAUAGGUCUAGUUAUAGUGGUGGCCGGAAUGGUUGGGUCGGUCGUGUGUGGCCUUGUACUGGACAAGACCCACCGCUUCAAAGAGACCACGCUUGCGGUGUACGCGGCCUCAGUCAUCGGUAUGCUGAUUUUCACCUUCACGUUGGACUGUGGAUACAUCGCUGUCGUCUACUUCAGCAGCAUUGUGCUCGGAUUCUUCAUGGCUGGUUAUCUACCAGUCGGCUUCGAGUUCGCCUCGGAAGUCACAUACCCUGAGCCCGAGGGCACUACAUCUGGGAUACUCAAUGCUUGUGUUCAGGUGUUUGGUAUAGUCCUGACUCUGUUAUUUGAGUGGAUGCUGGGUGCAGCCGGAGACCGCUGGGCCAACCUGUGUCUGUGUGGUCUUUUAGCGCUCGGUACAGCUGUCACGGCGGCUAUCAGGUCUGAUCUUCGACGACAGGCCGCUCAGAACAAGGCCUAG